UGGAGUUAGGGUUUCUUGCCGCCUCCUAUGUAUGCCGCUCUUAUCCGAGGGUUGGGCUUCAUCGAUUCGUGCUGCAAACUGAGGCAUUCAACUCGCCGCGCUGCUGUCUAUUGUUUUUGGAUUGGUGCCCCUGUGUCGGUGGGGGAUCGCUUGGUGAUGAAUGAUAAUAAUCGUCGAAGCUCGAGCUAUAUCGUGUCAGAUCUGCUUCAGGGAGGCGAUGAUGGAAGAUAUCUGAAGACAUUCAAGUCCGCAGACCCUGCAUGGUUUUACCUCCAUAUUUCCUGCCAGAUGCUUGGCUAUGUCAUUGGUGUUGUUGACUGGGCUACUGGUCUGGUCCUUGGGAACAAAUCCAAGGGCAUUGUGCACACCAAUUACCUUUUGUACUUUACAAGGAAAAGAUAAUGACCAUACCUAGAAAGGAGAAGAAAAGAAAAACUAGGAGGGAGGAGAAAGCAGAAAAGGUUGCAGCUCUCGAUAUGGUGUUUAGAAGAUGCACAGGGUGUUUAGAAGAUGCACAUGUAGAGAAGAUUUGAUCCAACAAAACAAGAUAUUUUGGACUUCAUAUAUAUGUGUGAUAUAUUGUUAUGGGU